AUAUUCGUGACAUAAACUAUAGAUUUUCAGUACUGACAGUGAAUUUCGGGAUGCAGUCUAUUCUUUAUGUCUUUGGUAUCACUAGUAAAAGAUUGUAAAUUUUUCCUUCAAAACUCCGUAAUAUUGAAUCCGUAAUGAAUAUAACAAAUAGAAGUAUUAUGAUGGCAAGUGUAUUGCGUAGAAUGUUUAGCUCAAAACGUCGUUCGACAAACAGUCUCGCUGGUAUUCGUAACAGAUUGAAAUUAGUAGAAGAGGAUAAGUCAAGUGACUUCGAAGAACUUGAUGCAAAUGACAUAAGUGAAUUCGAAGCAGACUUUAUGAAUAUCGGUGAGAGCCAUAAGAUGUAUGAAAGUGAAAUGGCCUUAAAUAAAAAACGUCUUAAACGGCAAAUUGUCGCUAAGAAAUAUUUUAAAGAGAACGACCCACGUUUCAUCACAUAUGAAGAAAAGGAAAAAAUCCGUAUGUUACAUGAAUCUGAACCUGAACAGUGGCCAAUAGAGAGACUUAGUGAGAGUUUUCCUGCUUUACCAGAAGCAAUACAGAAGAUUUUAGAUUCUAAGUGGUCACCAAAAUCAGUAGAAAAUAUUUUACGAUAUGAUGACACAGCAAUCGAAAAUUGGAAGAAGUUUCGUAAAGGCAAGCUUGCAGUGAGUCCUAUUUUACAUAAACAUCUGAUGAAAUUUAAGGACAGGAAGUUUGUUAGGAUAGACAAAGAAUUGUUGGCAAAGAAAUUUAUCCCACCUAAACCAACAUUCAAGAAACCAAAAAAGAAAUUAUUUUCCAGCAUUGUACAGGGUUACUUGAAUGAGCAGCAAGAUGAUACUAAAUUAUUGUCACAAAAGGAUGAUCCAAGUAGAACAUUUGAUACAUCCAAUAGUCCAAAUAGACAUCAGAAUUUACUUGCUGCAGGUGUUACAAUUGAUAAUAGCCCUGUAGUUGCUAGGGAUGUAGAGCAACUUGCAUCAAAUAAGAAGGAAAAUUCCAUAUUGAGAUUACAAUCAGAUUCAAAUAAGGAUUGUAUAGUGUCAUAUGACAAGAAUAACAAUAAACACAAGAAGAAUGAAAAUGAAUUAUUUACAUUCAAUGAGUUUUUAAAGGAAAGUUUGAAGGAUAUAUCCAAUAUGUCUCCAGAAGAGAGUACCACUUUGAUGGAUGCAUACAAGGAUCAUAUAAAUGCCAUCGAAGAGAGGCAGACUACAGAAAUUGCUGCAGUAUCCAAUGCAGAGAAUAAUUUUGCAGUUUCAGAGUAUGAAGAUAAUGAUUCGGAUGUUGCAGCAGAUGAUAAUCUGAAGGAUACAUGCAUCAAAGUGUGGAAGAAGAAAAUAGACAUUGAAGGCAAUUAUCUUAAACCAAUAAAAAUCACGAAGAACAUUUAUAAACCAGGCAUGACGUAUCGAAUUAGUGAUUGUUAUUAUGACGAUGAUGGGGAGUUUCUAUAUCGUGUUCCAGGUGUACAAAGUUGAUUGUUCCAAUAUUUUAUAUUUUAUGUUAGAAUAUAUAAUAAAAUAUGAAAUAUUAAUUAGCAUGUAAUAUCGAUAUAAAGAUGUGGAAUAUUUUUUUA